AUGUGGCUUUGUGAGCAGCUUCCAGACUCUCCAUACAGUCUAGGAGGGCAGUGGAGCAGAGGUGGAACAGGGGGAGGGACGGAGGGCCAGGGCCACGUGGAAGUUGAGAGGCCGGGGACUGGGAUAGAGCCAGAAGAGCCGGAAGCCAGGGUGGAGCAGGCGGAACUAGAACCCUUCAGGGGUUUGUGUGGUUGGUUGGUUGGCUAUGGUAGAGUCUCCUGGCAGAAACCCAUACAGCUCUGGCAGGGAGAGCUCAGAAACAUCAGAGAUCACUUCGGCAGCGGGGUUCUGUCUUAUUUCAUCUUCCUCAGAAGACUGUUACUUUACAACAUCCUCCUCUUCCUAAUCAAUGGAUUUUUCCUUGUCCUACCACAAAUCCAAUUCCAAAAAAAGGAACACACUUCCUCAGAUGACCUCUGGAUGCUUACUGGCAUGGGCAUCUUCACAGACUCUGUCAUGUUUUAUGGCCACUAUUCCAAAGAAAACUGCCAAAUAUGUCCAGAAAAUUAUGACAUACCACUGGCAUAUAUUUUUACUAUCGGAGCAGGCAUGUUUAUCACAUGUGUAAUGCUGGUUUACAGUUUGUCUAAAUCAAUCGGAAAGAGUUUCCAUGUUUUCAAGACUUCUGGAAACCUAGCUUUAAAGGUUUUCUGCUCUUGGGAUUUUAAAGUCAGCAAGAAACAGUCUGUUAAACUGCAGUCGAUGAACAUCUGCACUCAGCUUAAGGAGAUGCUGUCUGAGCUCAGCUGCAGCAAACAGAAGAGGAACUUGUGUUCAACUUGGAGCUGGUUACACUUUCUUGUAUGGUCCAUUUGCAUCUUUUGCAUAGCUGGCUGCAUGCUGGGUGUUUACUACUUGCCCCCUUUGUUUGACCACAUCUCUUCCAAGAAAGCUGUCUGUUUGCUGAUGCUGCCUUUGUUCGUGUCAUGCAUCAGUCACAUACUGCCUGGUUUCUUCAACAUGUUAUCCGGGGCAGAGCAUUACGACUCCCCGAGCACUCAGAUUUACGUGUCCAUUGUAAGGAACCUGUUGUUGAAGGGUUGCAUUUUUGGGGUAUUGUGUUACAACUGGCUCAAGCAACUUUCUAUCAGGAGGAAUGGAUUAAAAACACACCAGUGCUGGGAAACACUGGUUGGACAAGAGGUUUACCAUUUGGUUUUAAUGGAUCUGCUAUUUGCAAUUACAUACAUCAUCUUAGUAGAGUUUCUGUGGGGGCUGUGUAUUAGAAACACCACGUUCAGAAGAAGGAAACUAGAGUUUGAUAUCGCAGAAGAUGUUCUAGAGCUCAUCUACGGCCAAACCCUUGUGUGGUUUGGUGUGCUGUUUUCACCACUCUUGCCUGCAGUGCAAGUUGGGAAACUGUUUCUACUGUUCUACUUCAAAAAGACGAGUUUGAUGACGAACUUCCAACUGCCCAAGAAACCCUGGAGGACCACUCAGAUGAGCACAUUGUUCAUCAAACUCCUGUUUUUCCCCUCCUUCACUGGGGCCCUUGCAUGUGUCAUUUACGCAAUGUGGAGGGUCAGGCCCUCAUCAGAUUGCGGGCCCUUUAGAAACCUCCACAGCAUGUUUCUGCUGAACCUGGUGGACAACCCUUUGUUCCUGUUCAUCGCUGCAGGCCUGUUCCUCACCAUUAUAUACAUUUACAUGCAAGUUUUGGAUGGCCAAAAGAUGAUCAUCUUAAGGUUACAAAAACAAAUAGACAAUGAGGGUGAAGAUAAGCAGUUCCUUAUAGCCAAACUUCAGGCCCUCAAUGAGGCGAGUGCCCCGAGUCCGCAGUAA